AUGUCUCCCAGCUCCCGUCCUGGCUCUCGUCUCAGGAAACAAAGUCCGAUUACAUCACGUUCACCCCCCGCAUCGCCUCGAGCCCCUCGCCCUAGAGAGCCUUACCCAGUUCCCAGCAAUAAUCCUGCAAGCCAGUACACAUUGUUGGAGAAACUGGGUACAGGCAGUUUCGGUGUAGUCUACAAGGCUAUGCACAAUGAGACAAAGCAGAUCGUUGCUAUCAAACAAAUCGAUUUGGAAGAUUCUGAUGACGAUAUCUCCGAAAUCCAGCAAGAAAUAGCUAGCCUUGCUCAAUGCGAUUCCGAAUACGUCACCCGGUACUACGGCUCAUUCGUCGUCGCAUACAAGCUAUGGAUUAUUAUGGAGUACCUCGCAGGAGGUUCAUGCCUUGACCUCCUGAAACCUGGAGUGUUUUCAGAGGCACACAUCGCUGUUAUUUGUCGCGAACUUCUCCUGGGUCUCGACUACUUACAUACUGAAGGCACCAUCCACCGUGAUAUCAAAGCUGCCAAUGUUCUUCUUUCUGCAAACGGAAAAGUGAAGCUAGCGGAUUUCGGUGUAGCGGCCCAACUAACAAGUACACUGAGGCAUACAUUCGUUGGUACCCCUUUUUGGAUGGCCCCUGAAGUUAUUCGUCAGGCGGGGUACGAUGCGAAAGCCGAUAUGUGGAGUUUGGGUAUCACUGCGAUUGAAAUGGCUAAUGGAGAGCCACCGUUAGCCGAAUAUCAUCCUAUGCGAGUGCUGUUUUUGAUACCAAAGGCAAAGCCACCGGUUUUGGAAGGCGCGUUCUCUCCAGCAUUCAAAGAAUUUGUUUCGCUGUGUCUUACUAAGGAUCCCGAUGCUCGUCCUACGGCCAAGGAGCUUUUGCAGCACAAGUUUAUCAAAUCCGCAAAGAAAACGCCGUAUCUUACUGAGCUCAUUGAGCGUUAUCAAGAUCACUGUACACGUUCACCACAAAAGGGACAACAAAUGUAUCAACAAACGGUGAGGAAUAGUGUGAUGUGGGAGAAUAAUGGGACGAUAAGGAGUGACUGGAAUUUCGACACGAUAAAAACGUCGUCAGUGAUGGGCACGUUCCGCAGUGUGGCCAGAGACCUCAUGCCAGAGAUGGACGAUGAAGAAUAUAUGGAUGACGCACCUUCGUUAUACGCAGAUGAAGAGGGGUCUAUUGAUACUGGCGUUGCUGUAGCCGGGAGUGAUCCCCUCCCUGGUCCAGCCGGGAUAGGGAUGAAUUUGCAAGCAGCGCACUCCACGAUGAUUAUAAAAUCACCUUUACCGGUCGCUGAGGAGCAGGAUAUACCCACGUUAUUGGCAGAAGCUCGCCACUCGCCAGAGGGAUCCUCAGAACAUGAGGCGGAGGACGAUCGUGCCGAAGAUGGGAUACCUCUAGGCGCACCGCCUGCCUACACUGGGUCUGUGCGGUCGACGAGACGCUCUUCGUACGCCGCCAGACACAAUCUAAGUGGCACCGGGACAAUCAUGCGCGAGGCGGAUCUCGGGACGGGGGUGGAUACAAUCCGCCCUGUAAAGAAGGUUGAUACCGUUGGAUCACUCAGGUUAUCUGCUGACUAUGUGGGGAGUGCUCGAAGUAGAGAGAGCAACUCAUCGUUGCCCAGUUCGCCGUCGAAAGACAAGGGAUCUCGCAAGUCAAGAACAAGUGAGUCGGAAAGAGCGGGGAGGUCCAUCGUCGAUGACGUUGUCCUUCCGAUUUUACACAAUGCUAUACGGGAUGAUAUGGACGCCAGAGAAAUAGAGUCACUGAGCAUGCUUACGCGUGGCUUUAUUGACCUGAAAGAAGCCAAUCCAACGUUGACGUAUAAUGUGAUACUAGAUAUAUUGUCAGGUAUCAACGAAAAUGCCGCCGUUCGUCAGCAUGUUAAUACGUCACGCGGAUUGUUCCCUCAUAAGCGCGUCAUACGCAAGAGUGAGAUGACAGCAAAGGGACUGAUUGUCACGGAGGUUCAGGAGGAGAUUUCAGGUCUUCCGCUCGACUCGAGUGCAUCGGCUUCUGGGCAUUCUAACAAGACUGAGGAGACAAACUUGCCCAUGCGUAAAUCGCCUAUUGCCGAACUUCUAUACAUGCGGUGGCUGGAAGGGCUCAAGAUCAAGUGGCCCAGUAUCUUGUCAUCAUAGUGGGUGCGAUUUUCUAGAUUUCGCUGCCAGGACAUCUACCCUCCCAUGGAGCUGGUAUUUAUGUUACCACAUUUCCUUCAUCUUACCCAGAUUCCUUCGCUAUUUCUUGUGCUCCAUUUAUAAUCGACUUGUUGUCGCUGCAAUUUGUGCCAGGUGUCAUAUUUAAUCGCUUCUCGUGUCUUUCUUUUGGACAUAUAUGUGCCUGUCUUUCUCCGGUCACUGGGUAUUCUAUCACACCAACGAUGUUUUUCUUUCACAAAUUUUGUUUUAACUUACGCCCCCUCAUGAUCAUCAAGACGACUUUGUUUCACUUGUAGUCAUAGUUAGAAGUAUAUGUAAAUACUUCUUAGUUCGAUAUGUGCCCACUGGGUACAAAGCCCUGUGUGUGGGUUUUUUAAGGAAAACAUUG